AUGCCUGCGAGUAAUAACGAAUUGAACUCUAAAAGCGUCCUCAGUGAUUUAUACUACGGGAAACAACGAUUCACCACGGCCACAAGCAUACGGUCGGCUUUUCACUCGAUAGCUGUCUACGAGAUCAUCCGGAUGCUGAUUGUGAAGUCAAACUGGAAGAGCUUCACCAAAGAAGUAGCGGAACACUGCGCAAUCUUGAUACUGAGCGAAAAUAAUGAAAAUGCAAGAGACCUGGGAAUAGAGGACGUGAUGAAGGAAUUGAGAGAUGAUUAUGCUAAGGGAGAUAUUUACAACCGAUACGAGAAAUAUCUGGAUAAGACAGGUGACGUCGAGACGGUCAUUUCCCACUUUGAGGACAUCGGCCUCGACGUGGACGAGCAUUCACGUCUUGCCGGUGAGAGCAUUAUAGAGGAUGCUACCAAGCGCUUCAGACAAAAGCCUAUAACGUUUGCGUCAAUGUCUGUGGUAACCAUUCCUAUGUCAGGAUUUACAGCGAGCCACCACGGAACGCGUGGUGAUAGGAAGAAGCGCGUCUCCAGGGCUGAUAAUCGACGACCCAAAAUACGGAGAGGUGACCGAGGACUACCACGAGCCAAAAAUAAAGUAAUAAACGGUUGUGAAACACUUGAUGGUCGUUGUCUUGCCCAAGAUAGCCUGUGUCCGGACAUGAUUAACCCGCCUGAUCCGCAUCGGAUUGAAAUACCUACAGGCACGAUCUCUGCGAACAACCACUGCAAUGGAAAUACUCCAGUCGAAUCCCGUAUGUUUCAGUCAAACCAAGACUCUCAUUUCUAUGGGGAAUCGCAAGUACCUUCUUUUGCAUCUUUCGCGGAUGAAAGGAAUAUCGCACCCCACACAGUGCAAGGUCUAGAAAUGCCAACUACCAGCCCUGUUUUCAACCUCAACGCGGUGAAUGCAGCACAAUUAAUGCAGGAUUUUGAUUUGAUAUCUGUUCAAAAUGCAGCGCAGUUGAUGCAGACUUUCGACAUCGCAUCGUUUGACACGAUAAAUGCGGCCCAGUUAAUGCGGGAUUUUGAUAUAUUCCUUCCGGCGCCUGAUGUCGUGGUUGAAGAUAACUAA